GAAAGAAGCAAAGAAAAAGCUAGUGCAAUUUGGAUUUCGGGAAUUGAGAUUAUAGAAAAUGCCGAUUUCCCAAAUUGCCGUUGGAAGUCCAGCCGAGUUUGGCGAUUCCGGUGCUCUCAAAGCGGCACUGGCUGAGUUCAUCUCGGUGCUCAUUUUUGUGUUUGCCGGUGAAGGCUCUGGGGUGGCUUUCAACAAGCUGACGGAUAAUGGCUCGACAACGCCGGCCGGCCUUGUAUCCGCAGCCUUGGCUCAUGGAUUUGGACUGUUCGUGGCGGUGUCAAUCGGUGCAAACAUUUCCGGCGGGCACGUGAACCCCGCCGUUACAUUCGGCGCCUUCCUCGGUGGGCACAUCUCACUCAUUAGGGGUCUUCUGUACUGGAUCGCCCAGCUUCUUGGAUCGGUGGUUGCUUGCUUGCUUCUCAAGUUUUCCACCGGUGGACUGGAAAUUUCGGCGUUCUCUUUAUCUUCUGAUGUGAGUGUGUGGAAUGCGGUGGUGUUUGAGAUAGUGAUGACAUUUGGGUUGGUGUACACGGUGUACGCCACAGCCGUGGACCCAAAGAAGGGUAAUAUAGGGAUAAUUGCACCCAUUGCCAUUGGUUUGAUAGUGGGCGCCAACAUUUUAGCCGGCGGUGCGUUUGACGGUGCAUCCAUGAACCCAGCAGUCUCCUUCGGCCCUGCUGUGGUCAGUUGGUCAUGGGACAACCACUGGGUCUACUGGGUCGGCCCACUCAUUGGUUCCGCCAUCGCCGCCAUCGUCUACGAGCUCUUCUUCAUCAGCCCAAACACCCAUGAACCACUCCCUACCACAGAUUUCUAAGCAACAAAAGAUCUCUUUCUCUUUCUCUGUUCUCGGUUAUGGAAAAAAAAAAAAGGGUUUCCUUUGGUUUCAGCUGUGGGUGUGUUUGGGUGUUGUUUGUACCUUGCUGUUGUUAACUCGUUGAUUCUUGUGUAACUGUCUUGUAUUCCUGCAAUCAUUUUGAUCAGUAAUGUCAAUCUGUGCUCAGUUUAAGAUU